CGAAGCUCGGGUUAGGGCUUAUGGAAACAUCGCGCUCACCCAACCUCUUAGAGAGAGAGAGAGAGAGAGAGAGAGAGAGAGAGCGAUUCGCCUCGUCGUCGUUCUCCAUUCAUCGCAGUCGCGUUUAGGGUAUGGUCUCCAUAAUAUAAGACUGCCACAGGCUUAAAGAAAUAAGUUUCAGCUACAAACAGUUGCUAAGACUCGAAAUUGUGAAGAUGUUGGAGCCAUCUCUCUCAUCUGCGGUGGACACUGUACAAUUAAGAAGUUCAUUGGCAAAGGAAGAAGACAACUCAACUUCUUCUGAACCCAUUAGCAAUUCUGAAGACAAUGACAUCAGUGAUGAUGAUGACGAUGAUCGCAAUCAUAAACACCGAAGGCGUGAGGCCAGACCUCAAUCCUCUGACAAUGAGGCCAAUGAUCAACCUCUGAAAAGACCCAACAAGAAGCGAAAUAGGCCUCUCGAGAAUGGACAACUCCUUUCUAGUGGUGAUUCUCGUGGUGAAAUCCAGAAGCGACGCACUGGCGUGACUUCUUCGGAUUUGGGCCCACGGACUAGAAUAAAUCAAUCAUAUCGCUCUGAUCCGAUCCAUCGUCUUGAUUCAUCUGCAUCCAUGGCUCGAGGAAGAGGAAGAGGAAGAAAUAUGGUACAAUGGAGUCAACAUGAUUCAAGAUUCAACCCACUUGACUCAAUUGAUUUUGCAGCUCAAAUGGCUUCACAGGGCCCGCCUACGCACGCUAGCAUGUUUGUGGGGCCUGGGUUACCAGGUGGUGCGAGUACCCAAAACGGUUCAUGGGGUGCAUAUGGUUUUAUUCCUGGAAUGAGUAGCAGGAUUUUGGACCCCAUUCACCCACUCGGAAUGCAAGGUGCUAUUCAGCCUACGAUUAGUCCUCUCCUAAAUCUUGGGAUGCCACGUCAGCGCUGUAGGGACUUUGAGGAGCGUGGGUUUUGCUUAAGGGGGGAUAUGUGCCCAAUGGAGCAUGGUGUGAACCGGAUUGUUGUUGAAGAUGUUCAGAGCCUUUCUCAAUUCAAUCUUCCUGUCUCUAUCCCAAACCCGCAAGCAUUGGGAAUCCAAGCUGGGCCAGGAUCAAUAGUUCCUUCCACUGCACCAUCGAGCCUCUUUACAAGCUCCAAAGCUAUUGUUCCUACUAAAGACAGCAAAUCCAUAGUAGCAGAUGAUGCAUUAAGACCAAAUGGAGUUUCUUCUGCUUCAGUUGUUGCUGAAGCCGAUGUAUACGAUCCUGAUCAGCCCUUGUGGAAUAACGAACGGCCAGAAACAUCUUCCUUGAGGCUUCCUUCACUAAACAAUGAUGAGGAACCAACGUGGGAUGCUGACGGCAUUGGAAGUGAUUCCCGAAACCGCAGUUCGGCAGCCAUUGUCGGUUCCGAAAGCACGAAUUCUUCUGUUUGGGGCCGGAUUAAAUCUGGGAAUAAGUCCGAACCAGGAAGGUUAACUUCUACUAAUGUAACUGCUGCAAGCUAUACUGAAAAUGAACUGAAGGAAGAUGAUGAGGCAACUCCUGGUACUAUUCAAGGAAAACCUCUUAAGCCUUAUUCAAGACUACGUGGAGAUCAGGGUCGUAAUAGUGGUAGAACAACUCAAAGAGCUUCUCGUACUCUCUAUAUUAAUGGUAUUCCCCAAAAAAGCAAUAGAAGAGAAACUCUUUUUGCACAUUUCCGGAAAUUUGGUAAUAUAAUAGAUAUUUAUAUUCCAGCAAACAGUGAAAAAGCUUUUGUUCAGUUCUCUAAAAGGGAGGAGGCUGAAGCUGCUCUCAAAGCACCUGAUGCUGUAAUGGGUAACCGUUUUAUAAAGCUAUGGUGGGCCAACCGGGAUAGGAUUUCUGAUGAGGGAGAAAGUAAGGUAAACCCUAAGUUGAUGCAGUUGACUAACACAGCAGGGCCAUCUAUGCCACCUCAGCAAGCUGUUUCUGAUGGUGGGAAAGAAAAAGAAAAUCAACCAUCUGUAGCUCCAAAGGCAAGUAUGGGAAGUGCUUCUGAUACAACAUUGCCUACUACUGGUUCUUCGAAGAGCUUAUUAGCAAGUGGGCCAAAAACAACACCUCCUGUGCAAAAGAAGCUGGAGAGCUUGGAGCUUUUGGAUGAGCUUCGCAAAAAACAGGAGAUUUUGGCCCAGAAGCGCAAUGCGUUCCGGCGGGAAUUAGAUAAACUUGCAAAACAAGCUACUCCAGUAAAAAAGGGGGAAAUUAUUGAAGGGCAAAAUACAGGUCCCACUACUGGAGCUGCAAGAGCUGUAACGCUGAGGCCUGUGAAUGUUAGAAUACAGGGAACUCAUCAAGAAGCCGGGAAUAGUACAGCUGAAAAGAGAAACCCCGGAGAUCUUGUUUCACCCACUCCAAAACCUAGUUCUUUGACUGUGCUACAAUCUCCAAAGACUGCAAAACUGGCAGCUCGUCCAUCAGCAUUAUUGCAUAAUAGAUUUAAGCUGGAUAAUCGGCCGACCUCAUUUCGAAUCCUUCCUCCUUUACCGGCAGAAAUUGCAGAUGUUGCUGUUCUAAAGGAUCAUUUUUCAUCAUUUGGUGAGCUCUCAUCUGUUGUUCUUGAAGAUGCGGAAGCCCAUAAUGAGGGCUUAAUUGAGAAGCCAUCGCAAAGAUGCUCUGCUGUUGUGACUUUUACAACACGCCAGUCUGCUGAAAGGGCUUAUGAUGGUGGUAAAUCUUGGAAAGGACACAAUUUGCAGUUUAUGUGGCUAAAAGCGACCUCAAAUUCCAACAGUAGUUGUGGGCUUCAAGAAACUUCUACUCCGAUUAGCUCUUCAGGUGCUCACACCCUAGCUGAUCUGGUGAUAUCUGAGUCACCUUCGUCGACUAAAGGGAAGUCGGUGGGCGUGCAAAAUGGUGAGCCAGUAGCAAACGUGGAAGGCACAAAUACAGUUGAAGUUCCAACAUCAAGCUCGGAGCAUCCCCCCGAAUGUGAUGUGCCAAUGGAUGCAGAUAAAAGCAAAUCCUAAUUUUGAAAGUGAGGCCCUCAGUUGGACAAGCUUUGGUGUUGAAUUGAGGUUUCAACAGGAUGCUUUUCUCCCUGUGGAACAUAAUGAAAUGAGCCGAUACAGAUCGUUCUCGUAAUAACUGCUGUGGCUGAGGAAAGUUGUAUUAAAGCUUUUGUUAGUUCCAGAAUUGGCGGUACAACACUUUCCAAAUGACUGAAACCAAAUAGAAACUGCGGACUGGUCCUUUCGCCCCUAUAGGGCUUUUUGUUCCGUAAUUCCUUUUAGAUAACUUGUACACUCCUUACUCUUAAUUGUUGUUUUCACCUUCAUACAUAUCAUACUCUAAUUCUGUUCUAGGAUUUCUUGGCAUGUAAUUGAAUAUCAAAUUGUUCAGCAUUAUUUGAACUUCUGCUUCAUCAA